AACUUGUUUCGUAGCUGAGUCGAAAGUGGUCGAAAGAGGAAAGAAAGAGACGAGACCGUUCAGCGUCAAAACUUGUACAGUUCCUUAUUUUCUUCCAAAGCUUCGCGUCAUGUUGGAUAUUAGUUGGUUGCUGUCUAAAAGAAGUGAAAUACCGACUUUUUGUCAAGGAUAAGGGCCGCCGUCGAGUGUUAUUCCUCCACAUAUAACGGAUCAUCGUUUUUUUAUCAUGGAAGACGAAGUGAAAGAGGACCCCACCGGGCCCAACGAGGACCCCACCAGACCCAACGAGGACCCCACCAGACCCAACGAGGACCCCACCAGUUCCAAAGAGACCAUGUCCACAUGGAAGGCCGGUUGGGUGAAAAAGGACUCGGGCAGGUUCCUGGCCAGCUAUAAGGACCGCUACAUCCAGGUGAAGAGGACAGAGCUUGUGGUGUACGAGAAUGAGGACCUUGCGACCUGCUUGGAGAGAGUGGACCUGGAAAACUACGAUAAGUGCCACGAGUUGAGGAGCGCCUUCACAAAGAAGAAGAAUAGACUGGUGUUGAUACGAGCGGCCAAAUCAGGGAAUAAGGUCCAUGAUGUCAAGUUCCAGGCUCAGAACCUGGAGGAGAAGGAGGCUUGGAUUAAGGCCUUUAGUGACGGCAUCAACAGAGCAAAGAAUAAGAUAUUUGACGAGGUGAAGGUAGAUGAGACCAGUCAUUUGGAGCAUGCCACACGCACAAGGCCGAAAGGAAACCGUAACAGAAGACCACCCACCAGGAUACACAUGAAAGAGGUUGCCAACGUCUCAUCAGAUGGGAUUCUCCGGCAUGACCUGGACGCGGUGGACGCCAGCAUCCCCAACGGGACACACCACAUCACCACAGAUACCACUGAGACUCCCCAAAAGGCUGUGAAGCCCCCCAUGCCCCCCACGUCCAAACCCAGCGAGGCCCCAGAAGAGUGUCUGACCACCCAGAGCCCUGACGAAGGUCUGCCGUCUGAAAAGGAGCCCAGUCCCCAGAAGGUUCUGAAGCCCCCCAUGCCACCCUCCAAAGAGGCCGAGACGGCUGCUGCUUCUGCUGGGGACCAACUCCCUGAUGAGACUAGCACUGACAGCAGCCCAGAGAAAAAGGUCCUGAAGCCUCCCAUGCCACCCUCCAAAGAGGCCAAGCCCACUGUGUCUGCCGAGGACCAACCACCUGGGGAGACCAGCCCUGAGAAAAAGGUCCUGAAGAUGCCCAUGCCGCCCUCCAAAGAGGUCAAGCCCGCUGCUCCAGCCGGAGACCAACCCCCCAGGAACACCGGUCCCGAGGGCAGCCCAGAGAAGUGCUCCGAGGCUGGGGUCGAGUCGGCACCACCGCCCACCCCCUCCGAGCAAACCCAUCGGCGGCUCCACAGACAACCUGGCUGA